AUGGCCGCACGCGACGCGCCCACGCGGACGGAGGGGCCGGAGGUGGACGCUGGAUUCGAGUUCGCCUUCGACAACGAGGCCUUCUCCGACAAGGUGCUGCGGAUAGAGGUCGUUGGCAGCAGAUACGACGCGACUCAGUUUGGCGCUGAUGCCACCGGCCGCAAGCGCCGCCGCGAGGAGGCCGAAGGUGAUAAUGGAGAAGGUAUCAACUCUUCUUGUAGUGUGAUGGGUACUCCAGUUCUACGAGUCAAGACCAUGUAUGUCAAUUCGGCGAUUCUUGCUUCAAAAAGUCCUUUCUUUUUCAAGCUUUUCUCCAAUGGUAUGAAAGAAUCUGGUCAAAGUCAGGCAUCAGUUAGAAUUACUGAUUCAGAUGAAAAUUCUUUCAUGGAGCUUUUACACUUUAUGUAUAGUGGGAAAUUGACACAAACAGCUGAUCCCGCUCUUCUGGUUGAUAUCCUUAUGGCUGCUGACAAAUUUGAGGUUGUUUCUUGCAUGAAGCUUUGUGGUCAGCGCCUCAUAACCAUGCCUAUGACCCUCGAAUCUGCAGUGCUGUGCCUAGAUCUCCCAAGUUCUGUUUCAAAUGCAGCUGACCUGGAAGAGGCAGCAAAGCAAUACCUUGCUGAAAAAUACAAGGAAUUCCUGUCAACAAAGUUCCAAGAUGAACUGAUGAGGAUCCCUCUUGCUGGGAUUGUAGCCAUCUUAUCAAGAUAUGACCUGGGGGUCGCAUCUGACGUAGCCGUCUAUGACUUCAUACUUAGGUGGGCAUUUUGGCAGUACCCAAAUUCAGAAGAAAGGUACAAGAUCUUAAGUUCACGUUUACUACCGCUAGUGCCGCUAAUGCGAGUAAAGAACGGUGUCAUGAAAGGUGUUGUGCCGGACUGUUCGAAGUCCGACGAUCCGCUAGUCGGAGUCGUGUCGGAGACGGGAGUGCUCGUCCACUCCCAGGAGGAGGAGGAGCUCGGCGAGUUCCUCGACGCCUCUGUUGGAGAUGCUCUAAAGACAAGACCGUCCCUGGAGUUUGUCACCAGGUACAAGUGCACUUACACUGAUAGUAGGAAGGAUGUGGAAUGCAGGGAUCUCUUUGGUGUUCCCUGGUCAGAGUUCAUUGCUGAUGACAGCCCUUUCUUCAUUGACGACAUACUGAAUCUGCAAGUUCACAUGAAGAUGGCGUAG